AUGUACAACGAACCAUCGCUGAUUCCCUAUCGUAACGAAAUAUUGAUGAGUACUAAUGACACCAAAAAGUGUGGGAAAUACACUUUUUGCCUGAACCCACAAUUCUUGAAUCGAAGUUUCAUACACACACAACUGGAUUUAAACAAAGAAAUUUCAGAUGACAAUUCAUUGAUUGACCGUGACCUGAUACCUGAAAUAAUCACAGAGGUCGGGUCAGAAACAACCAGUGAAGAGUCACAAAGUGUCAACCAACAACAACGUCAAUGUGUUGGAGAUGAACAAUUAACGGAAUGUCGUGAUCUUAAUAUCCCAGUUCAAGAUACUGUGUCACAACAAGACGUGAAAGAUCCAAAUUUAUACCAACCAGAACCAAAUGGGCAGCCGGAGUAUACCUAUUAUGAUUAUAAUGCAACGUACUUUAUCCACUCACAACCUGCUCCAAUAUAUUUAAGCCCAAUCGACUUAAACAAUGAAGAAUGUCCUUUAAAUUGUAUUGGUUCAUCUUGUACAAAACCACCUUUCAAUUUUGGUAUGGGUGAUUCGUAUGAAGACCCUGUAUAUAUAAGCUUUGUUCAAACUGGUUCAAAUCAAUAUUAA